AUGACAUCUAGAUAUAGAGUAGAAUAUGCAUUAAAGAGUCAUCGUCGUGAUGAAUUUAUUGAAUGGAUCAAGGGAUUAUUAGCCACACCAUUUGUUUUGCAUGCUGAUGAUUCUCAUGCUGAUGCUCAAAUCGUGGCCGAAAAUUGUCAAGCUAGAUAUUAUGAAAUCUUUAAAGAUGUCGAAAGUUUAGUGAAACAAACGAUUUUUUUGGAUGAAUUAAAUGAACUUGAUCCUAAGAAGAAAUCAAUUAGUCGAUUACGAACUUUAGUACCGUCAUUAGGGAAGUUCUUCACCGAAUUACCUUUAGCUGAUGCAUUUUUAUUAGAAGAUGAACGAAGAGCGAUUUCCAAAAGAAGAUUAGUUAGUCCUUCGUUCAAUGAUGUGAGAAUGAUACUUAAUACAGCACAAAUUAUGGCCCUUACCAAUAUCUAUAAACAAACUGAAAACAACAUCAACGGCAUAAGUGGCAAGAACCAACAACAGCAACAACAAAAGUUGAAGUUGAUUACAUUUGAUGGUGAUGUGACAUUAUAUGAAGAUGGGAAAUCAUUAGAUGAAAAUAGUGAAGUUGUUCAAAGACUAGUUAAAUUAUUAUCAUUAGGAUUAUAUGUUGGUGUUGUUACUGCUGCAGGGUACCCUCGUCAAUCUGGAGCUGAAAAAUAUUAUGAACGAUUGAAGGGAUUAAUUGAUCAUUUAAAUAGCAAUCACUGUACUUUGAAAACAUAUCAAAAAGAGAAUUUAUUAGUCAUGGGAGCUGAAUCGAAUUAUUUAUUCCGAUAUAAUAAUGAAAUGAAAGGUUUAAAAUUCAUUGAUGAUGAAGAAUGGUUUUUACCACAAGUGAAAAAUUGGAAUAUUGGUAAAAUCAAUUAUAUUAUGGAUACUCUUUAUAAACAUUUGAUUUAUUUAAGAAAUAAUUUCAAUUUAGAAGAUUCAACCACCAUCAUUAAAAAGGAAAGAUCUGUUGGGAUUAUACCUAAUUCAGGAUGUCGCAUCUUACGUGAACAAUUGGAAGAAAUGGUAUUAUCUUGUUCAAGAAAAUUAAAUACUAUUCUAACGUCAUCGUCAAAUUUUGCCGAUUCCACUGAAGCUCUUUGUGUUGAUGAUAUUAAAGUUUGUGCCUUUAAUGGUGGUAGCGAUGUUUGGGUAGAUAUUGGUGAUAAAGCCUUAGGGGUAGAAUCACUUCAAAAAUACAUUUGUCAUGACGAAACAGUUGAUCAUGUUUGUCCUAUUGGUAAAUCGGAAAGUUUACAUAUUGGUGAUCAAUUUGCUAGUUUGGGUGCUAAUGAUUUUAAAGCCAGAUUAAGUGCUUGCACAGUAUGGAUUGCUAGUCCUAGAGAAACCGUGGCCAUUUUAGACGAUUUAAUUGAUUUCAUAGAAGGUUAG